UCUCGCGAGGCUGCUGGCAGGGCCGGGCCCGACAUGGCGGAAGAGGAGGUGGCCAAAUUGGAGAAGCACUUGAUGCUUCUCCGACAAGAGUAUGUCAAGCUGCAGAAGAAAUUGGCGGAGACAGAGAAGAGAUGCACUCUUUUGGCUGCACAAGCAAACAAGGAAAACAGCAACGAGUCCUUCAUCAGCCGCCUGCUGACGAUUGUGGCUGACCUCUAUGAGCAGGAGCAGUAUAGUGAUCUGAAGAUAAAGGUUGGGAGCAAAUACAUCAGUGCUCACAAGUUUGUCCUGGCAGCCCGCAGUGACAGCUGGAGUCUGGCCAGUUUGUCUUCCACUGAGGAGCUGGACCUGUCAGAUGCUAAUCCUGAGGUGACAAUGACAAUGCUUCGCUGGAUCUAUACGGAUGAGUUGGAGUUCAGAGAAGAUGAUGUGUUCCUGACUGAGUUGAUGAAACUAGCUAAUCGGUUUCAACUACAGCUCCUUAGGGAGAGAUGUGAGAAGGGUGUGAUGUCCCUGGUGAAUGUCAGGAACUGUAUUCGCUUCUAUCAGACUGCAGAGGAACUGAAUGCCAGCACACUGAUGAACUACUGUGCAGAAAUUAUUGCAAGUCAUUGGGAUGAUUUACGAAAGGAGGACUUCAGCAGCAUGAGUGCUCAGUUGCUAUAUAAAAUGAUCAAAUCUAAGACUGAGUACCCACUGCAUAAAGCUAUCAAAGUGGAGAGAGAAGAUGUGGUCUUCCUUUAUCUAAUUGAAAUGGAUUCACAGCUCCCUGGGAAGCUGAAUGAAGUGGAUCAUAAUGGAGAUCUUGCUUUAGAUCUAGCCCUUUCACGACGACUAGAGAGUAUUGCCUCCACAUUGGUUAGUCACAGAGCUGAUGUGGAUAUGGUAGACAAGAAUGGCUGGAGCUUGUUACAUAAAGGAAUCCAGAGAGGAGAUCUCUUCUCUUCCACUUUCCUCAUCAAGAAUGGGGCCCUUGUCAAUGCUGCCACUGUGGGUGCCCAGGAGACACCGUUGCACCUUGUGGCAUUGUACAGUUCAAAGAAACACUCAGCAGAUGUGAUGUCUGAGAUGGCACAAAUUGCAGAGGCCCUCCUGCAGGCUGGUGCCAACCCCAACAUGCAGGACAGCAAAGGCAGGACUCCCUUACACUUGUCCAUUACGGCCAGGAAUGAAUACGUGUUCAAUCAGUUGUUGCAGUGUAAACAAUUAGAUUUAGAACUGAAAGACCAUGAGGGCAGCACUGCUCUGUGGCUUGCAGUGCAGUACAUUACUGUGUCUUCCGACCAGUCGGUAAACCCUUUUGAAGACCUCCCUGUGGUAAAUGGGACUUCAUUUGAUGAAAAUAGCUUUGCAGCCAGACUUAUUCAGCGUGGCAGCAACACGAAUGCACCUGAUACAGUAACAGAAAAUUGCUUACUACAGAGGGCAGCUGGAACAGGAAAUGAAGCAGCAGCUCUUUUCCUGGCAACCAAUGGUGCCCACGUCAACCACAGAAACAAGUGGGGAGAAACCCCACUGCACACGGCCUGUCGGCAUGGUUUGGCCAACCUCACUGCAGAACUCCUGCAGCAAGGUGCCAACCCAAACCUGCAGACAGAGGAAGCUCUACCCUUGCCAAAGGAGGCUACGUCCCUGACAAGCUCGAUGGACAGCGUUUACCUGCAGACACCGCUGCACAUGGCAAUUGCCUAUAAUCAUCCAGAUGUGGUGUCUGUCAUCCUGGAGCAGAAAGCUAAUGCUCUUCAUGCCACCAAUAAUUUGCAAAUCAUUCCGGACUUCAGCCUCAAGGAUUCACGAGACCAGACUGUGUUGGGCCUUGCAUUAUGGACUGGCAUGCAUACAAUUGCAGCCCAACUGCUGGGCUCUGGGGCUUGCAUCAAUGACACCAUGUCUGAUGGGCAGACCUUGCUGCACAUGGCCAUGCAGCGGCAGGAUAGCAAGAGUGCACUAUUUCUCCUGGAGCACCAGGCGGAUAUAAAUGUCAGGACUCAGGAUGGGGAGACAGCCCUUCAACUGGCCAUCAGAAAUCAGCUUCCGCUUGUGGUGGAUGCCAUAUGCACACGAGGAGCUGACAUGUCCGUGCCUGAUGAGUCAGGGAACCCCCCACUGUGGCUUGCGCUGGCAAAUAAUCUGGAGGACAUUGCAUCAACUCUGGUCAGACAUGGUUGUGAUGCUACUUGCUGGGGUCCCGGACCUAGUGGAUGCCUCCAGACACUCCUGCACAGGGCCGUUGAUGAAAACAAUGAGUCCACCGCCUGCUUUCUUAUUCGCAGUGGCUGCGAUGUGAAUAGUCCCAGACAGCCAGGUACUAAUGGAGAAGGAGAGGAAGAGGCCAGAGAUGGGCAGACUCCCUUGCAUUUGGCAGCCUCCUGGGGCCUAGAAGAGACGGUACAGUGUCUUCUGGAGUUUGGUGCCAAUGUAAACUCACAGGAUGCAGAAGGAAGAACACCUGUCCACGUGGCUAUCAGCAACCAACACAGUGUCAUCAUUCAGUUGCUGAUUUCUCACCCUGACAUCCACUUGAAUGUACGAGACAGACAAGGGCUGACCCCUUUUGCCUGCGCUAUGACUUACAAGAACAACAAGGCAGCCGAGGCCAUUCUAAAACGAGAAUCUGGGGCUGCUGAGCAGGUGGACAACAAGGGCCGGAAUUUUCUUCACGUGGCCGUUCAGAACUCUGAUAUUGAAAGCGUCUUGUUCCUGAUCAGCGUCCAGGCUAAUGUGAAUUCCAGAGUCCAGGAUGCUUCCAAGCUGACCCCUUUGCACCUUUCUGUCCAAGCAGGUUCAGAGAUUAUUGUCCGCAAUUUGCUUCUUGCAGGAGCCAAAGUGAAUGAAUUAACCAAGCAUCGUCAGACUGCCCUUCAUCUCGCUGCCCAGCAGGACCUUCCCACCAUCUGCUCAGUCCUCUUGGAGAAUGGAGUGGACUUUGCUGCUGUGGAUGAGAAUGGAAAUAAUGCUCUGCAUCUUGCUGUCAUGCAUGGGCGGCUCAACAACAUCCGGGUCCUCCUGACAGAGUGCACUGUGGAUGCUGAAGCCUUUAAUCUGAGAGGUCAGUCGCCACUACACAUUUUGGGACAAUAUGGCAAAGAGAAUGCAGCAGCCAUCUUCGAGCUCUUCCUAGAGUGCAUGCCUGAGUAUCCUCUGGAUAAACCAGAUGCAGAAGGAAACACAGUGCUGCUCUUAGCAUACAUGAAAGGGAAUGCCAACUUGUGCCGUGCCAUUGUCCGAUCUGGGGCCCGCCUUGGGGUGAAUAAUAACCAAGGAGUCAACAUUUUCAACUACCAGGUUGCCACCAAGCAACUUCUGUUUAGACUCUUAGACAUGCUGUCCAAGGAGCCUCCAUGGUGUGACGGCUCCAACUGCUAUGAGUGCACUGCCAAGUUUGGAGUCACGACUCGAAAACAUCAUUGUCGUCACUGCGGACGUCUUCUUUGCCAUAAAUGCUCGACCAAGGAGAUUCCUAUUAUAAAGUUUGAUCUGAACAAGCCUGUGCGAGUUUGCAACAUUUGCUUUGAUGUACUGACUCUGGGCGGGGUCUCUUAGUGAGCCCCCAGGAGGGUCCAGGCCACUUCCCAGGUCACCUCCCAGCAGCUGCUCUGCUCACCAGCCUGACCCCACCCAGAGCAGGAGCUGGCAGUCGUCUUCCUGCAGCAAACGACUGGAAUUAAGGACCAUGGUGUGAUAGAUCCCAUUGCAAAUGAUUCUGUAUGAUUGUCGGUGUGUCAGACUGCGAUCGAGUUCACUAGCUGUCUCAUGCAUUGGACCAGGCCAUUUAGCCUAAGUGGUAAAUGUGAUAAGAAUUAGAGCCCAUUCUGCUAGUAACAUAACAAGGACACUUCAGAAACCAUUUUCCCUUCCAGUAGCUUAGUGUCCAUCUCAGAACAUUCAUGAAGUCUUCCAUCUGGGCUGACUUACUGGGCAGAGCCUAGUGGUAGGAAGCCGGCAUCUGGCUGCUUGAUGAGAGCUGCCUUUGCUCUAGGGUAAGUGGCUGUGGGCUUCUCUACACAGCGUUUUCAUAGAGAGAAUAGGAUCCUCUUGCCCUGAAGUUUGGUUUUGGGAGUUUUGUUUUCUUGGUGUGGUUUUUUUUUUUUUUGUUUGUUUUUUUGAAAAACUAAGCUGUAUUUCUAGUGAGCUACCCCUUUAAAAAAGGUGGAAUCUUUCUAAACAGGGUUCAAAGAUGAGAGCUGAAAAUCGUGGCCUUAACAACUGAAAGCUUUACCAGUAUUUAUGCUGCUCAGGUGUCAGGAGUGCGGUUUGGCAGUUGACACCUUCGAGCAGCCGUCUCAUUCUCUCAUCUUGCUUUGUCCUGUCUGUGGCGUCCUCUGUCACUCUGCCACUAGAGAGUGGUGGAGGAAAUGCACUUUUAUUGUGCUGCACUUUUUAUAGAGCUGCAUUAUUGGUUAUUCCAAUUUAAAAAUCCCUCACACAUUCAUACAUCAGUGACUCUAAUGAUCAGCUUUGACUGGACCUCAGCUCACAAUUAGUCUUAAAAAAAAAAAAACUCCUGCAAAGUGUCAUUUGGGGCAAGAAAGUCACACAGGCCAGGUAAUGAGGAGGAGGAUCUCCGACAUCAAACUGGCAGGCUCCAUCUUGACGUGAACGCUCCUUGCUGAAACCUUCUCUAGUUAAUACUGUGAGUGCUGUUGGUCCCAGGCCCCAGUUCUGCGUAGCUUGCCCUGCCCCACAAGAGCCAACUGCCGAAGGCCCUCGCCAAGUAUGUGUGACCCCAUUUUGGAAGGCUCUGGCUUGUGUGCUGAAUAAGGCCCCCAGAGCUUGUUGGGCCUUAGUCGCUGCUAGUACAUAUAUUAACCCUGAGGUGUUAAACUUUUCUUUUGAAGGUUUGGCCAGUUUUUAAAAUGCACAUUUAAAGAGAAACUUCUACCACUACUUAAAAAACAAACAAACAAAAAAACCCCUCUGAGAUGAAUAGUAGUGUUGUAGUGUUACCCUCAGAGAAGAAUAAUCUCAAUCAUACAUAUGAUUUUCUCAGACAUUUAAUAACCACUACAGUUUUUGCAUUAAUAAAGUAUGACUGUAUAUGUAAAGGGGACUAAAUACUUUUUUUGCAACAGCCUGUUUUGUUGUUUGUUUUUGGAUAGUGGUAUGUCCUCUAUGUUGCUGUAGAUUUAUAUAUUAUAUUGCCUAAAUAUGUGUGUAAAAUGAGCUGAUAAACCAGAGUUCUUUUUUUUUAAAUAUUUCUGUGAUUUAUAAGAUAUAUAUGCUUUCUAUGUUAAUAUGAGCUUGGGUACAAUGUCUAAAAGAAAACAUUAAUUAGAAGAGUUCCCCUGUACCUAAAGUCUGUGAAAAAUUUCAUCUAGAAUUUUUAUGGAAAAUACCUAGUCUUGGCAAACAUAUGACCAUGUGAGGCAUGUGGUCACUUUCCAUGCCCUGUCUGAACAGGGCCACAGGGAAGUAGGGCUUAGGUUGCGGCGGCUCAAUUCUUUCGUUGGAGAGUAAGAUAAUGAUGCUUCUGCUGUGAAUUGAUUGGUUGGUACUUGAAUACUUGCUCUUUUAACAUUCAUGGUAGAGAGCGGAGGACGGGAAUUCAAUCAGUGAUGAGGCUGAUUGCCCUGCCCCUGCCCUGCCAUUCCAAUUUCACUAAUAGUCUUGCCUCUAAUUGCACUUAAAAUCAUGUCUGAAGUACAUCAAGUCAAGCUUUUAUUUCUUCCCAGAGUCAGGGAGAGCUAUGGUACUGAUCAGCGUGGAAUGGGGGAACACUUUGAGUUCUGCAUUGACUUCACGGUCUAUUCUUGUAAAUCUAGAAAAAGCACCUUUCCGGAGUCUUAGGAAGCCUGGCUGCCCGUGCUGAUGCUCACGGGGCUGCACACGGCACAUUUCAGAGUGGCGGCUGCCCUGGCAGGGUUUCCCUGUCCACUGCCCUGGCUCUCAGUCCCCUUUGUCCUCGCUCCAAGCUGGUGAGAUUGACUGUGGCACUGCCUCGCUGUUAUUGUUACAUUUUAAUCCAUAGCGCAAAUAUUAGUAUUAAAAUUUUAAUUUUAUUCAUUCAAAAAGUUGCCAAUUGUGAAUGAGUAGACCAGGAAGAAUAAACUUUACUGAAAUAUCAUUUGCUGCAUCAGUCAACAUUGUUAAUGCUGAAUUAGCUUUUUAACUGCCUCUUGCUCAUCACCACAUUUAUUACUCUUCAGUGUAUUCUAAACACUUUUUUUUUAAGAUGAAGUUACAAACCAUGUGCUAUAUAUAAAUUGAAGACCUAAAACUAAAUCACUAUGAUCCUCUAAAACAGGAAUUUCCCACAAACUUAAGUGCCUACGCUUAGGACUUUGUUAUUUUCAGUUAUCUUUUUGGUGGUGUCUCCACUGAAUGAUGUCCUGGAACUUGUGUACCAUUUGGAGUUUGUUGCCUGUGCACUGUCAACCCCAAAUUAGCAACUAGUUGAGACUGGAUUCGAUCGCUCAGCUCAUCUGCCAUUUUCUCUCCAGGAGUAUGGUCCAUGUGACCAUUAGUCCUCUACCUCAGAGCCCUGAGUCAUUUCUGAUCUCCCCAUUCAGACUCCUCACUCUUCUCCCUGAAUGGGUCCCUGCAUGUAGCUCAGCGUGCUGUGGGUUCAGUCUUCCCGACUCACGUCCCACACCUGUGGUAUCCAAGGGUAUUGUGCUCGUCUUGUCUGUAGGCAUGAGUGGGUGGAAAGUCUUGGAGUGGGAGAGAGCCUUGAUCUCUAUCUAGGUUUUUCUUUUCAUUGGGGGAAGAAGCACUGUUAAACUGUAGAAUGCUUAGACCCGAGAGGCAAACUAACUCCCCAGGGGAUGGUAGCGUGAGCAAGUAAAUGUAAUGCUCCCCUGACAGACCCACUGGAGCCUCCGGUUUGAGACUGUGAAGGAACUCCUGAGCCAAGCUUUCUUUCAGGACCUGGGGGUGCUCCCCUUGGGCACAAGCCCUGGAAGAACUGAGUAGGGAGCUGGCCUGCCCAGCCCCUUGUCAUCUGAAGCACCAGAGCUGCCCUCCACCCUGCAGGAUGGGAAACAAGGAAAACAACUUUCUAAAGGGAUAUGGAAGCUACAUUCUUAUUUUGUGGAAGGAAUUUAGUGAAGAGCUGGUUCUUUGACAAGAUGUAAACUAACAAUUAAAUUCCCAGAAGUUAUCAUAGAUGCCUUAAAGACUUUCUCUGGAAGAUCACUGUACAGUUCCUUUUUUGUGUGGCAUAAUAAUAUAUUAACCUGUUACAAUUGGCAACACUGGUCUUCUGAAGCUCGGGAGUCUUGAGUUGGCAGACUGCGCGACUGAGUGACUUGUCCUUUUUUGGCAGAUGUGUGGAGUUGGCUGUUACCAUGACCUAAGAGGGGGAAUGGCAGUAGCUGGGUAGAGACCGCAGGCACACGUUUGGGUUGAUGACUUUGGCUUCCAAGCCAUUCGGGGUGGUGCUGAGUGUGGGGUGCUGGCAUUGAAUAGGACCAUGGCGCUUAUCAGCAUCGUUUCUUUGGAAUCCGUGUAAUGGAAUGUAUUUUUCAAAUAUUGAUAUUUGCAUUUUGUGUAACAAUUCCUUAUAAUAAAAAGGUGAAAUUGUGCAUUUAAAGUGGAAACUUUAAUAAGACAUUUGUAGUUACUUUUAAUGCAGAACUACCAAUAAGCAUUAAAAACAAAUUUUAGAAACUCCUGACAUGUGAAUAAAUUUCUUUAACAGCCACCAUCUAGGAAUGUUUGAAUGUCUAACACUCUUCAGAAACACAUUGCUGGUAGCAAUCAAAAAGCAGCUAUUUUAGGCAUAAUGACCAGCUGCCUGGAUUUACUGUGCUUUUGGCCCAGGCUUCAGCUCAUGGCGUGAUCAGCUGUGUGGUCCAGCUGUACUGUCACCCACCUGACCACUGAAGCACUCAGCCUGGAAAUUCCCUCUCUAACUACAUGUAAUCCCAGAGGAUCCACCCCUGGUGAGUUUUCUGCUGGUCAGAAUCUAAAGGGAGGACUGGCACUGGGUUUCAGAGAAUGCUAAGGAAGGUCUAGGGCCUUGCAGAUUAAAAUCUAGUGAUUCCUAAAGCCCCUGUACAAAACUGCUAGCUUCCACGGACCUCACACUUUCUUUUUUUUUAAAUAUAUUUUUUACGCCAUUUUUCAUUUUUGUACAGUGUAUGCAUUUUCACCUUGGAUAUAGUCCCCAUGAAAUUCCCACCACCCAUUCACCUGUGAACUGUCGCCAUAGUCCCUUGUGCUCUUCCCACCCUUGUUUUGAUCCUACUCCCUUCUCCCCACCUGCAGAAUAUCUCUGGUUCAUAGUUGCGUGUGAUUUUGAUUUUUACUUUAUUAUAAUUACUUUUUUCCCCCUGAUCCCUUAUUUGGAUCCUCUACAUUCCUCCUGUAAGUGAGACCAUCCGGUAUUUUUCUUUUUCUUUCUGGCUUAUUUCACUGAGCAUGAUCCCUUCCAGCUCUAUCCACGUUGCUGCAAGUGGCAUGAGUUUGUCUUUUUUGAUUGCUGAGUAAUAUUCCAUUGUGUACCUGUACCAUAUCUUCUUGAUCCCGUCAUCUAUUUUUGGGCAUUUGGGUUGUUUCCAUAGCUCAGCUAUUGUAAACAAAGCUGCAAAAAACAUAGGGGUAUAGGUGUCCUGUUGGAUUAAUGUUUUUGGGCCCUCACACUUUCUUAAACUAAUAUAGUCUUUUAUUUACUUGUCUUCCAAUUUUGUUUACCCCAAGUUCAGACCAGCUAAUGUGAUUUAUCUCCUCCUCUUGUAGCUUUCCUCACAUAGUGGACAGGCACUAUUAAGUGCUUCUACAUGAUUCCAGGUAGUCCUAGUUGCCAACUUUGAGGUGAACACUGGUCAUAAUAUGUGAGUGCAAACAGAAAUCAGGCACACAGUAACUUCCACAUAUUUUUGCCCAACCAGGGGAGAGCACUGAAUUUUAGUUCUAUGGUCACUGAUAAAGCUGACAGUAUUGGGCAAGUUUCAUAAUUCCUGUGCCUUAGUUUCUGUAUCUAUAGAGUGGAAGUGACCAUGGUCCUCCCUAGCUUACAGGGUUACCUUGAGGAAGACGAUCAGUAUAUAUUCUUCCCCUCAAACAAGUACACAUCAGUGUGCCAUGAAGAGGCCCCUCCCAUGAGUGCUGACAGGACCAAUGUCUAGGGGCCCCAGCAAUAGGAAGUGCUCUCGGGUGGGGCGUCAGCCUGGGGUUGUCACUGUCAACUGAGGGGCAAUGCAGAAUUCUGGACACCCCAGCUGUCUGUGGGUUCUUGCUAGCUUGUCCUAGAGCUAAGCAAGCAAGGGAUGGGGGUGAUGGUCUAUGAUGAUUCCCAUUGUUACACAGUCAUGGUAGACCCUGGACUCGACAUUUAGCUCUGUGUUAAUAGAAAACU